CACUUACUUAACCCACCAGUACUGGCUUGUGCUUUCAGAAUGGCUCUUCAGCGCUGCAUGCAAGCUUCAAAGCGGGAUUUAUUGCUGUCAUAGCUCAUUCCUAACCCCUCUUUGCACUGACAUAAGACCCCACCCCCCGCACCUCUCAGCAUCCUCGGCUGAAUAUGGACCCGGGAUCCGCAGCAGCAGAAGCAGCGGUCUCGGCGGCGGCAUCGUCUUUGGCUUAAACGCGCCUUUGGAUUUGUCUGGACAUCACUGGAAAGCUACAUCCGUGGACUGGCGUGCCCUAACCCCCCUCUCUUUUCUCCCCCCUCCUCUCUCUCCGUUCGGAUCUCUUCUGCUCUCCCCCGAGCCGGUUGACAGGCAGCGUCUGGGGUGUCAAAGGAUCACAGCUAGCCAGGGCGUUAGCUACGCUCCCGCUCUACUACAAUCACCAGCCCUAGAAAUACAUUUUUUUGUAUUUUUAUUUUGUUUUUUUUGGCUCGGCACCCCCUUCUUCGUACAACCUUGCUUUGAUUCCAGGCUCCUUGGAGAUAGAGGAAUGAAAAUCUGCCACCAUGAUGGAAGGAUUGAAAAAACGUACCAGGAAGGCCUUCGGGAUACGGAAGAAAGAGAAGGACAAUGACUCCACGGGGUCCCCAGACAGAGAAGGGUCACAGAGGAAGACGAAUGGGGCCCCAAAUGGCUUUUACGGCGAAAUCGACUGGGAAAGAUAUAACUCUCCAGAGGUCGAUGACGAGGGUUACAGCAUAAGACCCGAUGAAGAGGAAGAGGAGGGAGCUGCUCCCAAGAAGACACACUUUUUCUCCUCAGAUGAAUCGGAGGAGGAGGAGGAGCAGAGAAGAAAGUUUAAAAUCAAGAUUAAGCCCCUCCCACCUGAUUGCGUCAUCUCAGCGCCCACAGUGGACGAGCUCAAGGCGUCCAUAGGGAACAUAGCCCUGUCCCCCUCUCUGGGUUUGAAUAGGAACACAUCCAAUGACGAUAUUGUGCGGCCUCGGCGUGUGGUCACUCUCCCCCCUAUUGCAGCUCCUUCACCAGCUCCAGCUCCAGCUCCUCAGCCUCCCAGCAGUCAGUCUCCUGUUACAGAGGACACUAUAGCCUUAUUUGGGCCUCCUUUUGAAACAGCCUUCGGAGAACAGAAAACUGAAGCUCCACCUCCUCUUCCUCCCAAAAAUGUCCCGACUACACCUCCAACAGCCGGAUCUAUGGAGAAUCCUGAUUCCUCAACAGAAGUGGAGAGCCCACACAGAAAGCCUUCUAUAGCCGACCUGGACAACCUCUUCGGUCCCGAGGUGGCGCCCCCUGCUGCCGAAGAGUCGAACGACUCCUGGGUGUGUUUCAGCGAAGACUCCCCAGCACCAAAGGACCUGGCCCCGCCCUUACCCUCCUCUCCUCCUGCUCCAGAAGAACCAGCCCCUCCUCCUCCCCCGUCUUCUCCUCCUCCUCCCUCCUCUCCUCCUCCGCCCGUACCCACCUCCCCACCCCCUCCACAAGAACCAGCACCAUCUCCUCCUCCUCCAACUACCCCCCCUCGCCCCAAAGAAGACACAGCGCCCCCUACGCCUACCUCUCCGCUAGAACAGCCUCGAGUCCCAUCUGGUCCCACCACGCCUCAAGAUAGAGAGUCUUUACCGUUAUCCACACCUCCUCCUCCUCCACCUCUCCACCACCCAGCAUCUCCCCCAGCAUCUCCUUCUCCCCCAACCCUCCCCCCACAGAAGCACCCACAACGCACUCCCUCCCCACUACCACCCCCUACCGUCCCAUCUCCAGAGGAUAAACCCAAAAGUCCAGAAGCGCCCCUAUCCAAAGAGGACAGUGUUGAAGUUGUAGGAUCGCCCAAAGACACAGCCCCAGAGAGCAGGGGCACGCCUCCCCCUCCCCCGCCACCCACGUACAGGAGCAUGGUGGCAUCCCCGGGACCCACGUCAGGCACAAACAGCGGCUCUUCUUCUCCUGUGAGACCCAGUACACCUUCAUCAGUAAACCCCACCCCACCUCCUCCUCCUCCGCGUCCCCCCUCGCGGCCCAAACUCCCUCCAGGGAAACCCGCUCCUGACGGGACUCGUCCCUUCAGUCCCCCGGUGCACUCGGCCAGUCCCCCUCCUGUAGCUCCUUUGGCCCGAGCAGAGAGCACCUCCUCCAUCUCCUCCACCAACUCUGCAGCCACCACCCCCACUGUCAACAAGGAGCUAUGCGUGUCUGUGUCAGAGAAUGACCAGCCAUCCCUGGUAUGGUUUGACAGAGGGAAGUUUUAUUUAACAUUUGAAGGCUGUUCGCGAGGGCCCAGUCCUCUGACCAUGGGUGCCCAGGAUACGCUCCCUGUAGCUGCAGCCUUUACAGAGACGGUCAACGCCUUCUUUAAAGGAGCAGACCCCAGCAAGUGCGUGGUAAAGGUCAUAGGUGAGAUGGUGGUGUCGUUCCCAGCGGGCAUCACACGGCACUUUGCCAAUAAUCCUACGCCCGCUGUUCUAACCUUCAGUAUAACCAACUACAGCCGACUGGAGCAGGUCCUGCCUAACCCCCAACUGCUCUGCUGUGACAACACCACAGCGGCUAAGGGCGACUCAAAGAACUUCUGGGUGAACAUGCCAAACCUGAUCACACAUCUGAAGAAAGUGUCCGAGCAGAAGCCACAGGCCACGUACUACAACGUCGACAUGCUCAAAUAUCAGGUUUCUGUGCAGGGCCUCCAGUCCACUCCCCUGAAUCUGGCGGUGAGCUGGAGAUGUGAUGCCACCAGCACAGACCUGAGGAUAGACUACAAGUACAACGGGGACGCCAUGGCAACACCCACAGCGCUCAAUAAUGUGCAGUUUCUAGUGCCGGUGGACGGAGGGGUCUCCAAGCUACAAGCUGUGCUGCCUCCUGCUGCUUGGAACGCCGAACAACAGAGAAUCCUUUGGAAAAUCCCAGAUAUCUCACUAAAAUCUGAAAAUGGAGGCGUGGGCUCCUUGUUGGCGCGGUUCCAGCUCACACAGGGCCCCAGUAAACCUGCCCCUCUGGCCGUGCAGUUCACCAGUGAAGGCAGCACUCUGUCGGGCUGUGACAUCGAGCUUGCUGGGCCUGGGUACCGCUUCUCCCUCAUCAAGAAGAGGUUUGCUGCAGGAAAGUACUUGGCAGAUAACUGAAGGCGUGUCCAGGCUGAGUGGUCCCUGUUGGACAUUGGACUCUGAGGACAGACCCUCCUCUGAACUGCACAGCUCCUCAGCCUGCCAGCAGUAUUCUCAAACUACACUCUCACCUACCAUCGUAUUUGUAUCCAUCCAACCACACAUCAUCUGUACUGCUGCGUUCAAUCACUGGGUUCUUCCUACUUCCUAUUUCGGAGUCUGUGCCUCUGUCCCCAUCUUCUGGUCAAAACGUGGUAGUGUUUGUAGGAGUUUCACUGCAGCUGCCUGGCUCAGAGCUGGUGAGAUUUGCCUUGAAAACACUGCAAAUUUGCAUCUUUGGUGUUUAUUUAUUAUGAAGCAGGACAAAAUUUAGAACACAACCAAAACAGCAGCAUUAAAAACCCAUUUGUGUAAUUUUCAUUUUAAUUUUGGUGGCCUUUUUAACAGUUUUGGGGUGUACUUAAAGUCUCAAAAGAACCAAUCGUCUUCUGGUAAUACAGGGUCACUCUUAGCCACAUAGAUUAAUUUAAAUGCAUUUAUUCUAUGGCUUAUAAUGAUGGACACAGUGGUUAGGCAGCUGCAUUGACCACCUCUGGAAACCGCAGAGCUCAGAGAUGUCUUCUGUAGAACAAAGUCAUGUACAAAGUGUCAUUGAAUCACUUAUAGGUAUAUUAUCUAAAGGGCGUUUGGUGUUCCUCGUAUUGUCCGAUAGCCUCCUGUUGUUGCCACGGCAGCAGUGUUAGACUCCAGAGUACAUGACAGCAUCUAUUUUUAUUUAUUGACAAAGAAACUUGUUGUAUAAAACGUGAUUCUGUAUAUGUAUAGAGUUCGAAUGGUAUCACAACUCCCUUAAAGGUAUAAAUAUUUGAACUUUUUGUUAUCUGUGUAGUUGGUAACCUGUGUACAGUAUAAGGUAUAAUUUUUGAAUUUAUUUCAGAUAUAAUUUUUUAACUCAAGUGCAACAGAAGAUUUG